AUGGCAUUGCGUGUAGACCUCUUCUGGUCCUUCACAAAUUCCGCAUGGAACACCGUCUUCAAAAUCAUCUUCCUCUGUUCUAGCGCAUACACGCUUUACUUGAUGCUUAACGACUACAAACCGACCCAUGACCCCAACCUAGACACCUUCAAAGUUAGCUACCUGCUCGGCGGGUCUGCAGUCCUCGCCGUCGUCUUUCCUUACAAGUACACACCAUCCGAAAUCUUGUGGGCCUUUAGUAUCUGGCUGGAGUCUGUUGCGAUAUUACCACAGCUCUUCCUCUUACAGCGUACCGGCGAAGCGGACACGAUAACAACGCAUUAUCUGUUUGCAUUAGGCAUUUAUCGAGCCCUCUACAUUCCCAAUUGGAUAUACAGAUACUUCACCGAAGACUACUUUGAUCAGAUCGCUGUCCUGGCUGGAAUUGUGCAGACAGUACUGUACUCCGAUUUCUUUUGGGUGUACUACACUAAGUAA